AUGGAAGGGGUUCAACCCCUGGAUGAGAAUGUAGGAAACACACUACGGUCAAGAUGCCAGAGGAACAAGCUAUUGCUGGUGGCCUUUGUGGCCCAGGGGCUGGGGCUGUUCCUGUGCCUCACCUUCAUCUGCCUGUACCGCCCUGCUCCUCAGGUGCAGUAUCCUUCAUUUCAAAGUAUUAGAAUACAAUUUAAUGGGUGUGAGAAGAAAUUUUUCCGCAUUAUACCAGAAAAGGCUGAGACCAUGAAGGUGGAAAACAGCUCAAUCAUUAUCAACUGUGAUGGGUUUUAUCUCAUCUCCCUGAAGGGCUACUUCUCCCAGGAGGUCAAUGUCAGCCUUUACUUUCGGAAGGGUCACAAUCCAAUCUCCAUCCAGAGCACCAACAAGAAGGUCAACUUCAUCACGGUGGUCUCUUUGGCUUUCAAAGACAAGGUGUACCUGAACCUGAGUGCUCACAAUACCUCCUGCCUCCCAGUGAAUGGUGGGGAAUUGAUUCUCAUCCACCAAAAUCCUGGUGGAUUCUGUGCCCACUGA